GGGGUCUCCCUUAUCUUAUCCUGCCUCAGGCUCCUCACCACCCCAGGCUCAGCCAUGACCGGGUGAUGAGAUAUAAAGGACUAGGUAGUGAGAAGACCUCAGGACCUGCCCUUGGCGGGGGGAUGAGAAGACAUCUGAAGAGAGUCCGCUGCCCUACUUUGGGAAGCUGAAGACCCGGCACUUGGCCCUCCUCCGUCAGCAGGCAGGACCUGGGCCAGGGCGGGGUGGAGCCUGGUUGGGAACAGGGUGCUAAGGGCCUAGGAACAGUUGGCUGACCACCUACUCAUCUGUCCCGGAGGCGGGGCCAGGGCUCCGCCUCCAGCUCCGUGAGUCCUCAGCUUCCUGGGGCCCUGGCUGAUUGCGCCUUCUGCCCUAGCCCUGGACCCGCCCGGGGCCUCAUGGAGCCGGCGACGGCAGCCCGGCCCAGCCCGGAGCUCGUGUAUCAUUUGGCCGGAGCCCUGGGCACCGAGCUGCAGCGACUCGCCAGCCGCUUCGGGUCCGAAGCGGUGGCCCGACUGGUGCCCCAUGUAGUGCGGGCCCUGGAGCUGCUGGAGGGGGUGGCGGGGGCGCCCCUCGAGCCCGAGGAGGAGGCGAAAGGUGCGGUGGCCCCGAGGAGCCCCCAGCGAGAACUGCGGGACGGUACGCGAGAGGAGCGGCUCCUGCUGCGGCAGCUGAAGCAAGUGACCGACGGGCAGCGAGACCAGCUCCGCGCGCAGAGCAGGGAGCUGCAGCUGAGGGUGCAGGAGGCUGAGGCGUUGCAGGAGCAGCUGCAGCGACUCCUGCGAGUGAACGCGGAGCUCCGCUGCAAGCUGGCCGCCGUGCAGGUCCAGCUGCGGGCAGCGCUUCAGAGGGCAGCCGACGCGGAGGGGGCCUCAGCUCAGGCCGGGGCACGGGAGGCGCCCGAGGCUGUUUCCCGUCUGUGCCACGCAGAGCCUCAGGGUCAGCGGAAGCCUCAUGGCUUCAGCAGAGAGGAGGUCAGCCAGAUCCUUCAGGAGCGCAAUGAGCUGAAAGCCAACGUGUUCUUGCUACAGGAAGAGCUGAAUUUUUACCAUCGGGAGCUGCUUACUGACCAGUGGGUCCCUGGGCUCCUGCUGAAUGCUAUGAAAUUGACUGUGAAGAAACAUCGGAGAAAGAUCAAAGCCAAGAUGCUGGGGACCACUGAUGAGCCAGGAAGCAGUGACGAUGAUGAUGAUGAUGAUGAUGAUGAUGAUGAUGAUGAUGAAGAUGACAACAAUGAAGCCUCAUGGCUACCACCCCCUGGUGUGGAUGGGGCAAGCCCACCUGUGCCCCCUGAAUCCAGAAUCAAGAGUUUGGUCCUGUCUCCUUCUGCUCCGAGCUCUCCACAUCUUGGCCUUGUCCUACUCUUGUGUUAGGAGAUCAGAAUACCCUUGUCACCAUUCCCUUCAGCACCGCCCCACCCCCCAGCCCCAGUCUGAGUGGAAGGGUCCCUAAGUGGA